UGGGAAAGUAGAAAAGUACGUCGUGCCUUCUCUGUGAUGGCGGCCCGUACCUUUGUAACACCACGUUCGUUCCACCACAGCACAAACCAAUUUUUCCCCCGAAUCUUCUUUCUGUCAAAACCACACUCGUUGAACUAAGACUCUCGUUAUACUUUCCUCCAAACUUUUAAACUCUUCACACACCCACACCAGAACUCCUCCAAACCUCUACUAUGAAACCCUCCACCGCCCUCCUCCUCACCACCCCCGCCCUCGCCCUCGCCACCACCACGACGCCCACCGUCACCCUCCUCCUCCCCUACAACGGCGCCAGCUCCACCUACUUCGGCUCCGUCAUCACCGCUGCGCCCUCCUCCACCGAGUACGCCGUGACCUGCGCGCCGCUGCCCGCGUCCGCCUCGGCCACCGCCGACGGCGACGGCGACUUCUGCGGGCCCGAGUUCACAAUCACCCAGGGCCCCAGCAUCUGGGCCUUCGCGUACACGGUCGCGGGCGAGGAGACGCUGAGCGCGCGCUGCGAGGGCGACAUCGGGCACACGCAGGCGCUGACGUGCACGCAGAGCAUUGGCGGGCCGAGCGUGAGCGGCUCGGAGGCGGGGGUGCAGACGACGAUGAUGCAGCCGAGCGAUUACGAGAGUGUGAUUGGGGUGGUGACAGUGACGGCGGGCGGGGAGAAGCUGGCGGGUGGGAGCGUGGCGACGACGACGACGAAAUCGGCGAGUGGGAGCUUGACGACGGUUACGGGUACUGCGACUGGCUCGGCGACGGGUGCGGCGACUGCAACGGGGGGGGCGGCGGCGGUGGGGGUGAGGCAGGGUGCGGUGGUGGGGGUCGCCGGUGUUGUGCUUGCGGCGCUUGCGUUGUAG